UCAACUGUCAAAUUCAAAUUCAAACAGCUGAUUUUUAUUACCUAACCUAUAACCUCUGAGGUCUUAGAAAAAUCUUAAUUUGUACGCGUAUUUUCAAUAAUAAACGGAUGUGCAAUGAUUCCAAAGAGAUUAUUACAUGUAGCUCAACUUAGUGCAGUGGGUAUAGCGGGUUAUUAUAUAGGACAAACCGAAAAGUUUAAUGUUUGCAAGGAGUCAGUGUUAGUGGACGGGAAACUCAUAAGUAGCAAGCCAGGCCUGCCGAUUUUUGGAACUGUAUCAGCAGCAGCGCCAUUCACAGACAGUAGCAUACCAAAAGAUAGGGUAUCACAAAUAAUGAAAUAUGGUUUCCCCAGUCUUGAUCAAGUCCGUUCGUAUGAUGACUUUGUACUAUCUUAUGACCGUCGCAACAGGGUGCCGCAUUGGGUGUUUGAGCAUAUAACCAAAGAGCACGUAAAGAAAAAUGAUGCAGUGGACAGAAGCAAAUGUGACUUCACACCUGAUGAAAGUAUACAUCCAUUUUUCAGAUCUCAGAACAGUGACUACAAAGGAUCAGGGUUUGACAGAGGUCACAUGGCGGCGGCCGGCAAUCACCGCCUCGCGCAGAAACACGUAGAACAGACAUUUUUCUUGACUAAUAUGGCCCCACAGGUGGGCGAAGGCUUCAAUAGACACGCUUGGAACAGAUUGGAAAAGCAUGUCAGGAAAUUGACUAAGGUCUACGAUAAUGUAUACUGUUGCACAGGACCUUUAUAUCUCCCCAGGAAGGAAUCUGAUGGCAAAUUCUAUGUAAGAUACCAAGUUAUUGGCGCGAAUACGGUGGCAGUGCCCACACAUUUCUACAAGGUGGUGGUGGCAGAGUCAAGUGAUGGAAAACUGGACAUGGAGGCCUAUGUGAUGCCCAACCAGAAGAUCCCUGACGAGACGCCCGUCUCCUCAUAUAUGGUACCUCCGGAAACUAUUGAAAAAGCCGCGGGUUUAUUAUUUUUUGACAAACUACAUAGAAGUAAAUUGAAUACAAUAAACGGCAAAAAGGUCUAAUUUUAUACAAAAAUUCAGAUUAGGAUUAUUUACGAAUUGAAUAGAACAAUUUUUAGUUUAAUUGUGUGAAUAAUUUUGUUACAUUACCUAUUAGAAAAGAUUUAUUGACUUGUGAAGUCUGAUAUAAGCACAGUUUAAAGUAUACCUGUAAAUACCUUGUAUAAACAUAGUUUAGUUUAAUUUUUCGUUUGUUAUUAUUAUUUUUUAUUCUUGUGACAUUGUUAACAACACGACGAUUUUUUAAAUAAAGUUA